UCUGUUGUGCUGCUAGAGGACUUGUUAUGCUAAGGGCCAAUUUCACCACCUUUGGUUAAGUUAACCGACGGUUAAAAUCAGCAGGGUGGCAACAGAAAAUAGAGGUGAAUGAAAACCAAGUAUUCUUAUCAUUUCAGUUGUCACCCUGUCGUCGGUUAAUCUAACCGAAGGUGGUGAAAUUGGUCCUAAGAUCAGAGAGAAAGAUAUUUUCAUCGAAACGUCAAAACAAUGAUUAAAGAGUGAAAUUGGAUUGUUAAUGGAUUCCGGCAUAAAAGGAAGGCAGCCAUGACGAUUCAUAACUUGUAUAUCUUUUCGAAAACUGGAAUGUUAUUAUACUAUGCUGAAUGGAAUAGGUUAAAUAAAUCAGGAAUAACGAAAGAAGAGGAAGCAAAAUUGAUGUAUGGAAUGCUGUUUUCCAUAAAAUCAUUUGUGAAUAAAAUCUCUCCGUUGGACCCUAAGGAGGGAUUUUUAUAUUACAAGACCAGCAAAUAUACACUUCAUUACUUUGAAACACCAUCAAGUCUUAAGUUUGUCUUAAAUACUGAUAAUGCAAGCCAGAAUGCCAGAGAAUUGUUGCAACAAUUAUAUAGAGAAGUAUAUUUGGAAUAUGUAGUAAAAAAUCCACUUUGCCAAUUAAAUGAACCUAUACAAAGUGAAUUAUUUAAAAUAAAAGUAGAUGAAUUAUUUAAAAAAUCUCCUCUAUUUUUAAGUCGAUCAUUAUAAAUGAUAAAAAAUAUAUAAGAUUUUUAUAUACAAAAGAAGUUGAUUUUUUUUUAAUAAUUGAAUGAAUAAUAUCAAAUGUUAUCUAUAAUAUGUCUAUAUAUAUAAUAAUACUAAAUUUAAAUUAGAUAAAUCUUAAAAAUACCUAACCUAAAAAUAUACAUUAUUUAAUAUCAAGUUAGAGCAAUACUUUGAAUUCUUUAUAGGAAAAAAAAAAUUUUUAUUUUUAAUCUGUCAUACUAGUUUAUUUUGGCUUUUAGAGAAAUAUAUACAAUUAUUAUAUAUAUGUAAAUCAUAAUAAUAGUACAUUUAAAAAAUAUUUUUGUUUUGUAUAAUAAUAAUGAUAUAGGCAAAUACAGAUAAAUUAAAUUAUAUAAUCUUAUAUAUUUGUAGAUACUACCAUCUUAAAAAAAAAAGAUAUAGUAGAUAAUAAUUCUAAAUAACAUUUGCGUUUCUUUUAUGCAAUAAAAGUAGUAUAAAAGACAAGACAGGAAUCAUACUUAUAUUUAAUUAUCACUUGCAAAUGCUUAAGUGUCUUAAAUAAUAUUGUAAUUCAAAUUAAAAUUAUUUUUCAAUUAAUUUGGUUGCACAUGCUUUGAUUGUUUUAAUAAAAAAGAAACAAUAUUAUAUUGUAAUACAAAUAUUUAACAACUAUUAUACUAGAAUAUAUAUAUAGUUAAAAAAAAUUAGAUAAUAAAUAUUUGCAAAAAAAAGGAGAAAGAAAUAUAUUUGGAAACUAUAAUUAUCUCUUUGCAUGAUAUAAUAUUGAAUUAUAAUACAUUUGUACACAUUCAUAUAAGAUUUUAAUGAAAAUAUACUAAAAAGUCUUGGACUAGAAAUUUAUAUUCAUAUCCAUGUAUAAUUAAUAAAAUAUUGAAUGGAUAUUUUUUCAUACACAAAAUAUGAUAUAUAUAAUUUUGUAAAGAUAUUUUAAAUCAUAACUUUUUUGGAAAAAAAAAUAAGAAUUUAAUAAUUAUGUAAUUUUUUGAAAUCAAUAUGCGAAUACCAUUGUAUAUUACAAAUACAUUUACUUAUUAUUUAAAUAUAUACAUAACUGAUUUCAAAUAUAUUUAAAUGUUGUAAAUGUUUAAAUUUUGUUUAAAUAUAAUUAAUACACUAUUGUAAUCUAUGUGUAAAGAAGUA